UCCUCUCUCUCUCUCUCUCUCUCUCUCUCUCUCUCUCUGCGUUGCCUGAUGACCCGGUCCCUCGUCACUCCCUGCUCUCCUUCCAUCUUCACGUGGAAUAAUGAUAUCUUCAUGAUCUCCAAAGUAGCACAACAGAAGAACCUGGAGGGGUACGUGGGCUUCGCAAACCUCCCCAACCAAGUGUACAGGAAGUCCGUGAAGAGAGGCUUCGAGUUCACGCUAAUGGUCGUGGGAGAAUCCGGGCUGGGGAAGUCGACGCUCAUCAACUCACUGUUCCUCACAGAUCUGUACUCUGCAGAGUAUCCUGGACCUUCCCACAGAAUCAAGAAGACUGUACAGGUGGAACAGUCCAAGGUGCUGGUAAAAGAGGGGGGAGUGCAGCUGCUGCUCACCAUCGUGGACACACCGGGAUUCGGAGACGCCGUAGACAACAGCAACUGCUGGCAGCCGGUGAUCGACCACAUCGACAGUAAGUUUGAGGAUUACCUCAACGCAGAGUCGCGGGUCAACAGACGGCAGAUGCCUGACAACAGAGUGCACUGCUGCUUGUACUUCAUCGCCCCCUCUGGACACGGACUGAAGCCGCUGGACAUCGAGUUCAUGAAGCGGCUACAUGAAAAAGUGAACAUCAUCCCGCUCAUCGCCAAAGCCGACACGCUGACCCCAGAGGAGUGCCAGCAGUUCAAGAAGCAGAUAAUGCGAGAAAUCCAGGAGCACAAAAUCAAAAUCUACGAGUUCCCGGAAACGGACGACGAGGAGGAGAACAAGCUCGUGAAGAAGAUCAAGGAUCGGCUGCCGCUGGCCGUCGUGGGCAGCAACACCAUCAUCGAGGUGAACGGGAAGCGCGCGAGAGGGAGGCAGUACCCGUGGGGUGUGGCUGAAGUUGAGAACGGAGAGCACUGCGACUUCACCAUCCUGAGGAACAUGCUCAUCAGGACCCACAUGCAGGACCUGAAGGACGUGACUAAUAACGUUCACUAUGAGAACUACCGCAGCAGGAAGCUGGCCGCCGUCACCUACAACGGCGCGGACAACAACAAGAACAAAGGCCAGCUCACCAAAUUUGAGACAGUUGAUGGCAUGAGUCCGCUGGCGCAGAUGGAGGAGGAGAGGAGAGAGCACGUGACGAAGAUGAAGAAGAUGGAGAUGGAGAUGGAGCAGGUGUUUGAGAUGAAGGUGAAGGAGAAGCUGCAGAAGCUGAGGGACUCGGAGACGGAGCUGCAGCGGCGUAAUGAGCAGAUGAAGAAGAACCUGGAGGCUCAGCAUAAGGAGCUGGAGGAGAAGAGGAGGCAGUUUGAGGAGGAGAAGCUCAGCUGGGAGGCGCAGCAACGCAUGGUGGAGCAGCAGAAACUCGACGCCUCUAGGACUUUGGAGAAAAACAAGAAGAAGAAGAUCUUCUAAAGUGUUCCCACCACCACGAUGUACCAGUUGCCAACGAUGCCAGCCUGGACUGUCUGUCGGUCAAGCAUAAUGCUAUAUCCCCACCCUCCCUGUGUGUGUGUGUGUGUGUGAGAUAAUGACGAGUGAAUUAUUGUUGUUUCAGGGCUGAGCAGUACGACGUAUAGAUGCAGACCACGAGACACGAAUACACAGUAUGUACAGCAGGUUUAUGAACAGAGCGCAGAAGAAGUUGACGUUCACAUCCGAGGCGUAAUAAUAAAACCACUCUCGAGUUUAACGUUCGCCGAGAGCCAAUAACGACGCGCAGAAAAGCCUGUUGUGACGUCAUCGUGUCGUCGUAUUGCUCAGCCUUUCUCCGAGACCCGUCCCUCAAUCCCCUCCUUCCGUUCCUCUCUAUACCGACGUGUAGUCCAAAGAGCCGCUCUGCCCACACACACACACACACACACACACACACACACACACACACACACACACACACACACACACACACACACACACACACACACACACACACACACACACACACACACACACACACACACACACACACACACACACCCAAACAUGCCGACAGACUCGAAUCAGACUCGACCGCAAGGCUGCAGUACACCUCAGGCCAUUUAUUCAUUUUGUUAAUUUUUUAAAAAUAAAAAUAAAAAAACAAUUUUAAAAAAUGUGGCUUUAUUAUUAUUAUUAUUAUUAUUAUUAUUAUUAUUAUUUUCUUCUUCCUCUCUAAGAAAUGUUAAGCUCUUCCAUUUUGUGUAAUUUAAGUUAUCUAGCCUCGGACCGCGUUGUAUAACGUUUUUUGUUGUUGUUUGUGUAACAUUUCAUUCAUAUUUGUUUUGGUCUGUAUAUUACGUGCUCUUUAUAUAUCCACCCCGCUACAGCGCUCGUUUACCGGCAUCAGCGCGUCGUAGUCUGGACCCGGAGCUUGGCGUUGGAAUCUGCAGGGACACGUUUACACCUUGCGUUAACGUACGGCGCGUAUGGGUCGGGUUCAGGGUCCCGGUGUGUGUGUGUGUGUGUGUGUGUGUGUGUGUGUGUGUGUGUGAUCGACGCGAUGGAUUUUGGAGACAUCGUUCCAGCUGUGAAGCGUGGUGGCGGGUGCAUCGCUCGCUUUUUUCAAAAACGGGGGUUGUUAUAAAUGAUGACGACGAGGCCUGUGGAGGAGCACGUUCUCUCGUCUGUUUGUUUGUUUGUUUGUUUGUUUGUUUUUAAAGUGGUUAAACGCUGUCCGCUGAUAACCGGGUCUCUGAAACGUUAACGCAGGGUGUAAAUGUUGCCUGUGAUGCUGUACAAGACCUGUUCUCGAAGAUGUCAUUUGAAGCGGGGAGAAGCGGAACUGCUCACACAGCCGAAUACAUUUUGGAAAAUCGCCUCCCCCGGUGUCUCCUUGACCCUCGUGAGCGGUCACUGCGAGGCCUCGGUCACAAAGCACGGUUACUCUGAAGUCUUUCGAAGAACAGCUUCAACCUUACAAGCCGGUUUUCCCCCCAGGUAUCUCUUCAGCAUGAUCCAGAUUAGCGACUCGCUGCUCAUUGGCCGAUUGGAGCCGUGACCGUGAGCUCCCGCCCACAACUGUCCAUUCUCACUCACCCACAUUUAGCUCUCCAUUAUGUACUGCACCUAUAUCUUUUCUUCUUCUUCUUCUUCUUCUUUUUAAUUUAAGUUCUUUGGUUUUUUUCUUGUACAAAGUCACAUAAUAAAACUGUGAUGAUGAACUGAAA